UGCCGGCGGAGCUGAGGCGCCGGGCAGCCCCACCAUGAGCGGGGAGUGCAGCAGUUACCUCAACGCUGAGAAGGUGCUGGUCAGCGGCUUCAGCUGUCCGCGGACGGGCGGAGACGCCCGGGCCGUGUACUGCUGCGGCUUCCAGGACGUCAAGUACUGCUGCGAUGACCCCCACAGCUUCUUCCCUUACGAGCACAGCUACAUGUGGUGGCUCAGUGUUGGAGCACUUGUGGGGCUGUCAAUAGCAGCAGUGGUCCUCUUUGCUUUUAUCAUCACUGUGUGUGUUCUCUGCUACUUGUUUAUCAGCACAAAGCCACGCAGCAAAUUGGACACUGGUUUAAGCUUACAAAUGGCAGACAGUGAGACAAGAGGGAGUUCUGUAUGUUAAGAGGCUCUGGAUGGAUUCUACUAAUGCUGUAAUGAAAAUACAGAGAUGCAUCCUUCACAAGGCUCCCACCAAAACCAGCUGUUGACAAGGCCAAGUGUCUCUGAAGAGAUUUCUUGAGCCACAAGGAUGAACUGUGACUGUGAGCCACAGGAACCUGACUCACUCUUCUGGGGGUGUUUCCAUCUCCUGCUAUUACAACCAGAUAACCAGAGGCCAAUCUGAAGCUGUGCCAGGAUGGUGUUAUUUGUGUGUGGUUACUGUACUGGCAGGUGUUGUAUGUUGUUGUGCAUGUA